CAAAAUACAGGAAAAAUUGUGUCCCCUCUAUCGAAGCUCGAAAGGCUUCCUCUGCCCAGUUCUUCUGAUUCGCGUGCCUCCACAUCCAAUCUCCAUCUCCCGUUGCUUUUUAUGGUGUCCGAAAUGAGAAUUUUCGAAGCUGCUCUCCGGUUUUGAGGAAAAGAGUGUGGAGGAUUUAGGGCUUGCUGCCGUAUCUGGAAUUCAAGAAAUCGAAUGCUCGGAAGAAGACCAGGUUUCAAAUUAAGAUUCAGAUCGCAAUGGACGUCUGAGUGACCUGCGCCGCACAGACCACGAACAGGCCUUCUGCCUCACCAACCACGAACGACCAAGAGAUUCUGGCCAGUAGGGUGAAGGUUCCCGCGAAUAGCUUUAAGCUUCGAAUCUCUGAGUGCUUGAUUGGGGACGAGACUGGGCCAUUCUCUUCAUUGUCAGGAACGAUCAAGGAAGAACAAAUACAAGCUUUUGUUCACAAGGACAUUGAAAAGGACUAGGUCGUUUUCAUUCUCGGUGAAGAGCAUUCUGGACAAGCCUUACGAUCUCAAGAAUCCGAUUAUCGAACAAGUGCUGUUACAACAUGGGUGGUGAUUCAUAUGAUGGUUCCCAAGAUGGAAGGGAUGAAGAUGAUGAGGAAGAAUAUGAGGACGUUGGUAGGGGUAGUCGAUUUCUUGGAUUUAUGUUUGGCAAUGUCAAUGACUCUGGUGGGCUUGAUGCUGAUUACCUUGAUGAGGAUGCAAAGGAACAUCUUGCUGCACUUGCUGACAAGCUGGGUCCAUCAUUAACAGGCAUAAAUCUGUCAGUAAAAUCACCACAAACAUCAACUGAUGCUGUUGAAGAAGAUUAUGAAGAGAAGGCUGAAAAUGCAGUUAAUUAUUUUGAUAUUGAUGAGGAUUUUGAGGGACCAGAGAUUCAAGCUGCUACUGAGGAGGACCAUUUGUUGCCAAGAAAGGAAUAUUUUUCUGCUCAAGGUUCAUUUGCUACUUUGGAGCCCACAAAUUCUAUGUUUGAUGAUGAAGAUUAUGAUGAAGAAAUUGGACAGGAACAUGAGGUGGUUGAAAGCAACAUAGAUGUUCAAACUAUCUCUUUACCAGGGGUUUCUACUGGAGAAAAAUAUUCUGAGGAUGAUUGUCAAAUUGGGGGUCUGGACUCUGGAAAUUUGGCUGCUCGUGCAGAAGAGUUUCAGGAAGUGCUUACAGAUAAAAGUGCCACACCGCUGCCAGUUCUAUGCAUAGAAGAUGGAAAGGUGAUAUUACGGUUCUCGGAAAUCUUUGGUAUUCAUGUGCCCUUGAAGAAGGCGGAGAAAAGAGAUCAUAGGUACUCUGUUCCUAAAGAUAGGUACAAAUCCAUGGAUGUUUCUGAGAUUGUUGAAGAGGAUGAAGAGUCAUUCUUAAAAGGAUCUGGUCAAGGAUUUCAAUCUUUGAAACAGGCAGAUGCACUCAAACAUGACAUUUUUUCAGCACUCUAUGAUGAAGACUCGGACUUCGCAAAGUUUCGUGUUCUAAAAGGGGCAAAUUCAGUGGAUCUGCUGGAUGACAGGGCAAUAAAGGACUCUUGUCUCAUUGCGGAACGAAUGAAAGAGAAUCAAAUAGUUGACAUUUCUGUGGAAAGGCAAUCACCUUUGUGUUCAAAAUUUUAUCCUCUUGAUCAACAAGACUGGGAAGAGGGAAUUGUUUGGGGAAAUUCUCCUAUAGCAAGUGACAAUUCUGUUGAGAGUUGUGAAAUUUCGGGACCUGACGAAGCUUCAUUUAAUAGUGAAACAGAACCUUAUAGUGGGACACAAAAUAUUCAGUUAAAGCCCCAAAAAGAACCUGAUGAGAAGGAUCACGCUGUUAUGCUGCGUAGCUCAUGUCUAUUGGAGCCUUUUGGCUCAAGAAAUUCAUCAGAAUUUUCAUCUCUUCCUUUCUCGGAAAGCAGACGCCAUCCCCAACUUUUAAGGCUAGAAUCUAGAUUUGAAGUGGAUGACCAUGCUGAUGGUGCAAUGGAGAGUGUCAGUAAGAAGCUUCAUCAGAGUGACGCUGUGAGGCAAUUUAGCAAACUCACUUCACAGAACAGAGACAUGCUGGAAGGAUCUUGGUUAGACCAGAUAAUAUGGGACCCAGAUAUGCCUACUGGGAAGUCAAAGCUUAUCCUUGAUCUUCAAGAUGAGCAAAUGCUUUUUGAGAUUUUGGAUAACAAGGAAAGUGAACAUCUCAGGCUUCAUUCCGGGGCCAUGAUUGUGACUCGCCCAAUAAAGUCAAGUAAUGGGGAUUCUUUUGAGUUUCCAGGUCAUGGAGGUCAAUCUGGGUGGCGAUAUGUUUCUAAUGAUAAACACUAUUCAAAUAGGAAAACUUCUCAGCAACUGAAAUCAAAUUCUAAAAAACGCACAGCGCAGGGCAUAAAGAUUUAUCAUUCACAACCUGCACUGAUGUUACAGACAAUGAAACUGAGGUUAAGCAAUAAGGAUGUGGCAAAUUUUCACCGACCAAAAUCUUUAUGGUAUCCUCAUGACAAUGAAGUGGCUGUAAAAGAACGAGGAAAGCUCCCCACGCAAGGACCAAUGAAAAUUAUAGUUAAAAGCUUGGGUGGCAAAGGAAGUAAGCUUCAUGUGGAUGCUGAGGAAACAAUAUCUUCUGUUAAAGCAAAAGCUUCAAAGAAGUUAGAUUUUAAGCCAUCCGAAACAGUGAAGAUGUUCUAUUUAGGGAAGGAACUUGAAGAUGAUAAAUCUCUUACUGUCCAGAAUGUUCAACCAAAUUCUUUGCUUCAUCUUGUUCGCACAAAAAUAUAUUUGUUGCCAAGAGCACAAAAGAUUCCUGGUGAAAAUAAAUCUUUGCGGCCUCCUGGAGCAUUUAAGAAGAAAUCUGAUCUUUCUGUGAAAGAUGGUCAUGUAUUCCUAAUGGAGUACUGUGAAGAAAGACCUUUACUUUUGAGCAAUGCUGGUAUGGGUGCAAGAUUAUGUACUUAUUACCAAAAAUCAGCCCCAGAUGAUCAAACUGCUUCUUUGUUACGCAAUGAUAACCACAGUUUGGGACAUGUCAUUUCACUAAAUCCAGCUGAUAAAUCACCUUUUCUUGGAGAUACAAAAGCUGGUUGUAGUCAGUCAUCUCUUGAAACAAAUAUGUAUAGAGCACCUGUAUUUUCUCAUAAGGUGCCCUCAACUGAUUAUUUGUUAGUUCGUUCUGCAAAGGGGAAGCUUUCAAUUAGACGUAUUGACCGCCUAAAUGUUGUUGGGCAACAGGAACCACUCAUGGAUGUAAUGUCUCCUGGAACUAAGAAUCUUCAAAAUUAUAUGAUCAAUAGGCUUCUUGUCUACAUCUGCCGAGAGUUCCGUGCUGCCGAAAAGCGCCAUUUACUUCCUUGUAUCCGCGCAGAUGAGUUACCUUCACAAUUUCCUUAUCUAUCUGAACCCUUUCUUCGGAAGAAGCUGAAGGAACAUGCAAAUUUCCAGAGAGCAUCAAAUGGACAAUGUAUGUGGGUUAAGAAACGCAACUUCCGGAUUUUGUCGGAGGAUGAAUUAAGGAAUUUGGUGAAACCAGAAGAGGUGUGUGCCUAUGAAAGCAUGCAAGCUGGUCUUUACCGGCUCAAACAUUUGGGAAUUACUGAAACACAUCCGUCUGCCAUAUCUUCUGCAAUGAGUCGUCUCCCUGAUGAAGCAAUUCUGGCUGCUGCAUCUCACAUUGAAAGAGAACUGCAGAUCACUCCAUGGAACUUGAGUAGCAACUUUGUAACCUGUACACAGGGAAAAGAAAAUAUUGAGCGUUUGGAAAUAUCUGGUGUUGGUGAUCCAUCUGGCCGGGGCCUAGGUUUCAGUUAUGUUCGUGCUGCUCCAAAACCAUCAAUGUCAAGUGCAGUCGUGAAGAAAAAAUCUGCUGCUGGUCGAGGAGGUUCCACUGUUACUGGAACAGAUGCUGAUCUACGCAGAUUAAGCAUGGAGGCUGCACGAGAGGUUCUUCUUAAAUUUGGCGUUUCUGAUGAGCUGAUUGCAAGGCAGACUAGAUGGCAUCGUAUUGCGAUGAUACGCAAGCUUUCAAGUGAGCAAGCUGCAUCUGGGGUUAAAGUUGAUGCAAACACUAUCAGUAAAUAUGCACGUGGCCAGCGUAUGUCCUUCCUUCAGCUGCAGCAGCAGAACCGGGAGAAGUGCCAAGAAAUUUGGGAUCGGCAAGUGCAGAGUCUUUCAGCUAUAGAUGGGGAAGAAAAUGAGAGUGACUCUGAAGGAAAUAAUAGUGAUCUAGAUUCCUUUGCUGGGGAUUUAGAAAAUCUGCUUGAUGCAGAAGAAUGUGAAGAAGGGCUAGGUGGUGUUCAUGAAUCCAAUCAUGAUAAAUCAGAUGGUGUUAAAGGGCUUAAAAUGAGAAGGCGCCCUUCCUUGGCUCAGGCAGAAGAGGAAAUUGAAGAUGAAGCAGCUGAAGCAGCUGAGUUAUGCAGGUUGCUCAUGGAUGAUGAUGAAACUGAGAGGAAAAAGAAGAAGAAAACAAGAGUUUUGGGGGAGGAAGUUGGGCUGGCUCCUGGCAUGCGAACAAGUUAUAUCGUAGAAAAUGCAGAUAGGGGGAAAAAAAUAAUUGCUGCUGUACAACCUGAUGGAUUCUAUACUCCAAAAGAUAAUUCAGUCGGAGAUGCGAAAGUGGUGGAAAAUUUUCUUAAAAGAAACAAGACUGGAAAACUAAAAGGAAUGAAAAAGAAUGAUACUACACAUACGGGUCUGAUGAACAAGAAACUGAAAAUAUCAGGAGAUGGUGUCAAGAGUACUUUUAAGGAGAAGAAAUCAGCACGAGAGAAAUUUAUCUGUGGAGCAUGUGGUCAGCUUGGACACAUGAGGACAAACAAGCACUGCCCCAAGUACGGAUAUGGAGAAGAUCAGGAAACACAGAAUGAUACUCCGGACCCUGAUAAAUCAUCUGGAAAGACAACGGCUCUGAAUUCAUCUAGUCAGUCUCAACAGAAAACUACUACAAAGAAGCUGGUACCUAAAAGUGCAACUAAAAUUGCCGUGGUUGAAGCUUCGGAGGUUGAAAACCUUGGGCUGAGCACAAAGGUUCUUCCAUUGAAAUUCAAAUGUGGGUCAACUGAAAAGCUUCCUGAUAAACAGCCUCUUGGAGAGACAGAGAGUUCUGAGCGGGUCACAUCUGAUCCCGAAAAUGGGAAGCCCACUAUGAAGGUGCACAAAAUAAUAAUUUCGAACAAGAUGAAACCUGAAAAUGUACCUGUUGAACCUCAGAAGCCCCCUAUUGUGAUGCGACCUCUGACAGAUACAGAUAGGGGUUAUGUCGAAUCACAAAAGCAAACUAUUGUUAUACGGCCACCAGCAAAUACUGAUAGAGACCAGGGGGAGUCUCAAAAGCUCUCAGUUGCUAAACGGUCGUCAAUGGAGGCAAAGAGAGAGCAACAUCACAAGAAAAUUAUAAUUAAACGUCCAAAAGAAAUUAUUGAUAUAGAUCAGAUCAGUCAGGAUGGGGGAACUCCUGUUGAACACAGGAAAACUAAAAGAAUUGUUGAAUUGACAAGUUCUGAAAAGCACAGGAAGCAGGAGAACGUGUAUUUGGCUAAGGAAGCAGCAAACAAGAAAGCUAGAGAUGAAAGGAGAUUACGAGAGGAGCAAGAGAAACGGAUAAAUGAAGACAGAUUGAGAGAAGAGAGGGCCAGGAGGCUUUAUGAAGAGGAAAUGAGGAUGAUAGAGGAGCGAGAAAGAAUAGCAGAGCUUAGAAGAUAUGAAGCAUUAAUCAGACAAGAGAGGGAGGAAGAAGAACGCCAGAAAGCAAAGAACAAAAUGAAGAAGAAAAGGUCUGAGAUAAGAGAUGAUUAUUUAGAGGACUCACGUGCACGAAGAUUAGACAAAAGGAUGCCAGAAAGAGAUCGGGGUGCAAAAAGGAGGCCAGUCGUUGAAUUGGGAAGGCAUGGUGGAGAAUCUACCCCAGCAACAAAGCGCCGUAGAGGGGGUGAGGUUGGUCUGGCAAACAUCUUAGAGCGUAUUGUAGAAACCCUCAAAGAUCGAAUUGAAGUAUCAUAUCUUUUUCUAAAACCUGUAUCCAAAAAGGAAGCUCCUGAUUACUUGGACAUCAUAGAGCGCCCCAUGGAUCUGUCUACAAUCAAGGAGAAGGUGAGGAAAAUGGAGUACAAGAGCAGGGAGCAAUUCAGGCACGACGUGUGGCAGAUUACUUAUAAUGCCCACAGAUAUAACGAUGGACGCAACCCAGGCAUACCUCCCCUUGCAGAUCAGCUCUUAGAGCUUUGUGACUAUAUGUUGGUUGAGAACGACGAAAGCUUGACUGAAGCCGAAGCGGGCAUUGAAUAUGUAGAUAUCUAGAUAAAUUGAUUCUAAUUUUAUCGGUCAUUUCUUUAUUUUCUGAGAAAAAAUGCCCCAGUUUUGCUGGAGCAUUUUUUUAUGUGUUGGGGAAUGGGGAUCAAGUGACGGCUUUGAGUUCGUCUCACGUCAGGAGGGAUCGAAGAAAGAAACAGUCGCCCUCCGAGUGCACGGUAAAAUUGUGAUUGCCGGUUGAAAUCUGUGUUUAUGUUGUUCAGUAGCAUUUGGUUGCGAAAUUGUAUUAGUUGUACAGUGCAAUGCUUAAAAUUUACGAUGAUGUAUCACUACUUCCUUUGAAAUGUCGGUUUUCGGAGUGCCGGAUUCCGGCUUGUGCACAUUUGCACGGAGGCGUUCUUUGCACUUGUU